GUGCGAAAGGUGGGCUGUGUUACAUUCUUCUGCCGUGAAAAAUUGUUAUUUUAAUGAAUGGAAUUUUUUCAUGCUUUUCCACAACUGGGCUAACGUUUGUGCAUAGUUUGGUUUAAUGUGUGACGGGUGUAGACUCAGCUACGCGUUACUAUUCUUCCCAGCGAUCCACAAAAAUUAAACGACCAUUCAAAGGCAUCACAAUCCGUCUUGGGAAGCUCUUGAAUGCUAUUGGCUAGGGAACUCUCCAGUUGUCUUCUGUAGUGUAUACAGUAAAAAGGUUGUGCUAACGAAAUUAUUGGAGCUUCAAUUACGAUGGAAGAUCCGAAUCGGAUGAUGGGUGGACACGGUGGUCUAAUGCCGCCCAAUUAUGGUAUGCCCACAAACGACGGACAACCUGGUGUCGAUAACGAUCCUCGCAAGCAAGAUAUUGGCGAAAUCUUGCAACAGAUAAUGAAUAUUACUGAUCAGUCACUGGAUGAAGCUCAAGCCCGGAAACACACGCUGAACUGUCAUCGGAUGAAACCAGUUUUGUUUGCUGUGCUUUGUGAAAUUAAGGAAAAAACGGUCUUAUCGCUGCGAAACACGCAAGAGGAAGAGCCUCCAGAUCCUCAAUUGAUGCGUUUGGACAACAUGUUGAUUGCCGAAGGGGUUGCGGGGCCUGAAAAAGGUGGUGGUGCAGGUGUGGAAAAUGGGGCGACUUUGGCCGUUGCCAAUGAUUUCCUGUCCCAGUCAGAUCUUACCGGUGGCCAAGAUAAUGCUAUUGAACACUCAGACUAUCGGGCUAAAUUAGCUCAAAUACGACAAAUUUAUCAUCAAGAAUUGGAAAAGUAUGAACAAGCUUGCAGUGAGUUCACCACGCAUGUCAUGAAUCUUUUGAGAGAGCAGAGUCGCACAAGACCCAUUACACCAAAAGAAAUCGAACGAAUGGUACAAAUCAUUCACCGGAAAUUCAGUUCCAUUCAGAUGCAGCUUAAACAAUCCACAUGUGAAGCCGUGAUGAUAUUGCGCUCUCGAUUUCUGGAUGCUCGACGAAAACGACGCAAUUUCAGCAAACAAGCUUCAGAGAUUCUAAACGAAUAUUUCUAUAGCCAUCUGAGUAAUCCAUACCCAUCGGAGGAAGCAAAGGAGGAAUUGGCUCGCAAAUGCGGCAUUACGGUGUCACAAGUCUCAAAUUGGUUUGGCAACAAGCGCAUUCGCUACAAAAAAAAUAUUGGAAAAGCGCAAGAGGAAGCGAAUCUUUACGCAGCAAAGAAGGCAGCCGGUGCUUCGCCAUAUUCAAUGGGCGGUCCUCCAAGUGGCGCCGCUACGCCAAUGAUGUCGCCAGCACCCGCUCAAGAUUCAAUGGGCUACUCUUUAGGUUCUGGUGGAUAUGAUCAACAACAGCCAUACGACGGCAGCAUGGGUUAUGAUCAGCUACAUCAAGACCUUAGCCCUUGAGUAGAAGGCCAAUGAAAUAUUGAUUAUCCAAUGACGUGAACUAGUAAUGUCACCCAUUUAAAGCAAAUACGAGUUUAUUUGCCGGUAAAAUUUGUUCAUCAUUAUAGUGUUAUGCCGAGCCUGUACGAAGGUCUACGUUUGUAGAUAUAGUUUCCUCAAACAAUCAUACGGAACUAAUUCUGGUGUAAAAUAUGGAAUUCCAUUGAUGCAUAAAUAUAGCUUCCACGAAUAAUGAAAAUGAAAAGAUCACCGCCGACAUUUUCCAUAUAAAAUCGGGCAUUUUUGUAUAGGAAAUGUCUGCGGGGAUGGCGAUAUGAGAGAACAUGGGGACCUGCACUUAAUGUUGAGUUUAACUGCUGUAGAUCUCUUUUCGCUGGUGUAUAUUCCGUGGUGUAUUGUGUAUAUUCCGUUUAUUAGCAGUGGUAUAAUAUUUCAUAUCUGGUCUAAAAGUUUAACAGAAAAAGUUCAAAAUCACAAAAGGCAAACACGUAAAAAUGUAUACGGAUACUAGUAAAAUAUGCUAGUGGCAGAUUAGGGAGGUAGAAAAACGAUUUUAAAAAAAAUUAAAGUUAAAAAAAACUAUAUGGUACUUCCACGUUUCGACAACAUCACAUUAUCACAAACUAUAUUAUUGUAUUUAAUUACAAUUCAUGCAUUUCUGUGCAUGGCGUAUUGAUAAUUACUCGUUUUCAUUCGGUAAAUCAGUCUUUCGGGUAGCAGUGGAUUUCAUAAAAUAUUCUUAAUGUUCGCUACGAUCGUAAAGUAUCAAACAAGCAAUGUACAUCCCGGAAUGGUAAAAUGCACAACACAUAGCGCACAUGAUUAUAAUGGUUUGGUUCAAAAGGAAGGGUUUGAAAAGAAAUCUUUUGCUUUGCAAUGAAUGUUUUUUUAUCCGUUUAACAAACUAGCUGGAAUACUAAUGUACGAACCAGAGGAAGCUCCUUAAGAACAAUGUGGGACUCACACCCACUAAACCACUAAUUGGUUUUCCGUUACCACCCUGCUGCAGAUGACUCGCAGCGAAGCACUUGCACCGUGAAAACACAGGUCUGAAUCGACUUUUUUUUUCGGAGUAACGUUAUUCAAACCACCUUACGUACUCGUUACUCCUGAAAACAUUUCCUCCCAAAUGUACCGCCAAGGCGCAAUGGCAAUGUAAUGGUAGCCUACUAAUAAAUGAUACUUUAAAGCAAUGGUAGUUUCCAUAAAAAUGUCAGUUAUUGCAAUGUUUUAAUUUCGGAAUAGAGGAUGUUCGCUAAACGCUUUAAUUCGGAAAACUCUUAAUUCUGCAUAAUUUCUUAAUUCUGAAUUUAAACUGUAAAAGGAAAAACGUGUACUAUUUGCCACUUCAAAAAUUUAUGAUGAAUUUUAAAAUCUAAUUUUACUAGUGUUACCUUUCCACUUAAUCGACGAAUUUCUUUAGUUUACUGUAAUGCAAUCAAUAAUUUGACCUUACUCGGAAUACGACGAAUGUAUGCGUUGAAUAAUUUAAUGGACGAACUUGACAAUGGAGCGUGCGACGUUGUUAGUCAUUUUGAGUUAAUAAGAAAAAAAUGCGACAUACAAUAACCAACAUUAGCAUUAACGAAAACGUAGAGAAUAACGACGAGGGAAAACGUAGAGAAUAUUCCUUUUCUAACUAAAUGAUGUGGAUAAUAGAGUUGGUAACUAACGGAUCUAAAAGAAAGUUUAAGCUUAAAGGAAAACACUGAAGAAACAUCUCCCUCGGUUGUAAGAUCGUAUCGCAAAUUUGAUGGAAUUUUGAAGAAACUCACAAAUGACGUGAUUCGUUUAAAUCUAUUUCUAAACGCAACAAAGCAACACUCGACAGCAACAAAGCGGAAUGCCACGCAUCACUAAAGAAACAACAACAUUAUAGCUAUUGAUGAGCAUUGGUAUAUUGCUUCUGGAUGCGUCCUCAUAAAGUUAGAUCGAAUGAUUGAAGGAUUGGUAUGAUAUAUCGUUCGCCACAUAUGUUAUGUACAGGGUACGCCAUCAGGAUGGAUCCAAUUUUAAACUUGAAUAACUCUGUCAUUUUUCAGCCAAUUUUAAAAAAUAAACCAGUUUCAUUUAGGUUAUUCUAUGCCAUUUAUUGUGCCAUACUCAAAAUAUGAUAUCGUUCAAAUGACCGCCUUCAUUCGCGCAUAUAAAAGCGGUCUUUUUUAGGGCAUUUUGUAUUGUUUUGACAGCAUUUAGGGAGUUAUGUGGCAAUUUCAGCUCUAAUAUUUGCCUUAAGUUUGUUUCAUCGCCUUCAAUUUGUUUGCAAAAACCUUAUUUUUCAAACAGACCUACAGAAUAAAGCCCAGCGCCGUGAUAUGCGGCGAAGGAGGAAACCACCCUUUACUCAUUAUCCAUUGCACGACCGCAGUUUCACUAUUGACCGAUUUUUUUCAAUGUAACGUGUGACAAUUUCAGUCCACUCUUUUAACUUGAAGUGAUCCUUUAUUAAAAUGGCAUAGACUGAUGUUUCAGAAACUGUCCUACUUGUCAAAAUCGGCUGAAAAUUUACAGAUUUAUUCAACUUUAAAACAGGCGAUGGCGAUGGCCUGAUGGCGCACUCUGUAUAUGUUAUCACUUUUGUCAAAAUUUCAUUAUUCAAUUAGUUUGAGUACAAUCGGAUUUAUAUAGUGAAAUUUCGAUUCAAUAUAAAAGAUACUUGAAAUCAAUUUGCUAUGGUUUUGCUAAGGUUUUGAAGUUUCUAUCCUGUAAAUUUCGGAAUAAAUCGCCUACGGUUGUUUUCGAAAUGGUUGUCGUCCUUGUGGCGUUUCUCCAAUAAUUAUAACUUAUUCCUUUAGUGGCUCUGCGGAUUUGUCGGUUCAUAAAGUAAAUGAAUUUCUGAAAUAUCCCACCAAACCACUUUCGGAAAGAUGGAAGGCUGCUUAAUUGAUCUUCACUCUAUGUUUCAGUAUUGAAUGCUGACUAUAACGCAAAUCCAAAUCCCAAUGCUGCUCUUGCAAAAUAGACAACCGUAUGGCAACAUGAAGAACAUGAACCCAGGUCUUUAACGCUCAAGACAAUAUACGUAUGGAAAGAGCAUUUUGUAAAUGUCAGCAGAUACAAAAUACUGUAAAGUGAACAUAAGAAAUUUAGAUCGAAUGCUAGUUUUACUGAAUGUACACGAAACUCGCAAUGAGCAAAGAAAUCAUUUGUAUACGAAAAAUAAAAAAAGAUAGAAAAAUUACUAUAAUAUUAAAAUAUUACAAAAAAGUGCAUGCUAAACAAAGGUUUAGAAAAUUACUAAAAAUACUAACAGUAGCAGUUGGAAGAGAUGAGCAUGAUUUAAUUUCGACCGUGACUAUUGCGUUAUCAGAACGCAUAUCAUCCCGAACAUCAUUUAGAGGACAAACAUAGAAACAAAUGCAUAGAUAAUAUGUCUAAAAAGCUAAAAGUUCAUCAGUUUCAUAUUACCGCUGCCACAAACACUGUUUCAAUUGCCUCAUUUUGAUUAUUUAUGAUGAUUUUGAAAUGCUCAGAAAUCUCAAAACCUUACAGUCGCAACACUGACGUAAUUAUUCGAAUGAACAGCAAAAAUUGCAACAUUUGUUGUAUGGCGUCUGAUUUCCCUUUUUCAUUUUGUGUUAACAAAUCAAAUUUCGUUCUUUUCUUUUAAUUUCAAUUUACACAGAUGAUUUAAACAUUAAAAUCGGGAAAAAACGAAAUGCAUGCUGCAGUAAACGAUGAUUGCAAAAUGCAACUUUCUUAAAAAGGGAAGGUAUCUUAAAAUUAUGAAAACAAGAGAAAAUACGAUUAAAGUAAGUACCAGUCUAAGAAUUAGAAACAAAAAAGUAAACGAGGAAAAGAAAAAAAAAGAAUAUGUAUACGAAAUACGAAAACGAUUUAAAACUCUAUCCAUUACAAUCCAUUUUUCUGUACUUAAUUACGAUGAAAUAGCUAAACAAGUAAAAUAAAAAACAACAAACAUGA